AGUUUUCUUUUGACAGAUUCGAGAUUAAGAUCCUUAUACUUCCGCGUUUAUGUUUUGUUUAUAUAUAAAUUUACCAACAUAAGAAUCUGUUACUAUUUUCUUAGCUUAAAUUUUCAAAUAUCUAGACCUAUAAGACACACUUGUGAUCCUUAUCUUUUUGUUACAUGAUGAUUUGUUGCCGUUCAUGUUCCCUAUGGAAAAGUUGGAUGUGUAUGCAUGGUAAAGUCCAACGUAAUGAACACUUAUUAAGUUUUAUUUAUCUUUUCUUUUAUCAAAGUCCACUUAAAAAUCAAUGCUUCUUUAAGAUCAUAAUCCUUUCUAAGAUUGGAAAUUUAAGUAUUACUUGAUAAAAUCAAUGCUCAAAAAAUACUUUUGUAGAAAAAAUAUGUGUGUUAAAUUUCUAAAUGUUCAAAGAAUUUAUUUUCUUAUCAAAAAUUUCAGUUUUAUCUUUUUAAUUAUGUGUGGAUCGCGUAGGUACGAAAAAUGAGGAACAAAAUCUCUGUUGCCAUCUCCGACAAUGGCUCGUCGCCGUGAAAACUAUCAUCAGUUUUCUUCAACCUCUUUUCCCCCUCCCUUCCUCUUAACCACCAUGGCUAAUUCAUCACUGCUUCCAUUAAUCAUCCUCCUCCUUUCCUCCGCCAUAAUAGCCAAAAAAUCCCAACAUCCGCCUGCCCUUAGCCUCAACUACUACGCUAAAUCAUGCCCAAGGUUUCAUGAAAUCCUUCAAAACGUUGUCGUACCUAAACAAACAGCCACCCCCACCACCGCCGCUGCCACCCUCCGUCUCUUCUUCCAUGAUUGCAUGGUGGGUGGCUGCGACGCCUCCGUUCUCAUCUCCUCCAACGCAUACAACAAAGCUGAAAGAGACAUGGAUAUCAACGAGUCGCUCGCUGGAGAUGGGUUUGACAUCGUAGCACGUGUAAAAACGGCUCUUGAGAUCGAAUGUCCCGGUGUCGUCUCCUGCUCCGAUAUCCUCGCCGUCGCCACCAGAGACCUGGUGAUUCAGGUCGGAGGUCCACAUUACGAAGUGAAAUUAGGCCGGAAAGAUGGAUUAGAGUCCAAAGCAUCGAACGUCGAGGGUCGGCUUGGGAGAGCGAACAUGACGAUGGAUGACAUCAUUCGUAUAUUUGAAGGCCACGGUUACACCAUCAGAGAACUGGUGGUGCUAAUGGGCGGCGGCCACACCAUUGGUUUCGCCCACUGUAAAGAAUUCGAAAGCCGUCUGUUCGGCCCUAAACCCGACCCGUCAGUCCAUCCGAAAUUAGCAGAGAGAUUAAAAGCUAUGUGCGCAAACAGCUCCUCGGACCCGACGAUAUCGGCGUUCCUCGACCCGAUUUCCGCCGGAAACUUCGAUAACAUGAUUUUCAAGAACCUGCUAAACGGACUUGGGGUACUGGGUACGGAUCAAGCCAUGGCAUCCGACCCGAGAACACGACCUUUUGUUGAAGAGUACGCUAGGGAUCCGGUAGUAUUUUUCAGGGACUUCGCGAGAGCAAUGGAGAAGACGAGUGUUUACCAGGUGAAAACUGGAAAACAAGGAGAGGUUAGACGCAGAUGUGAUGCAUUCAAUAAUCUCCAAAUGGGUAAAAGUAAAACUACGCAAAACAUUUAAGUGUUCAG